CUCUCUCUCUCUCUCUCUCAACCCUUUUCGCGGUGUGGUGGGGCUUCGAUUGGGGUUCGCGGUGGAGCAAUCGGCAUCAGAUACCCGGGGGCAAGGAAAUUUUGGAAGCGAUCGAUCAUGGAAUCCGAUGCGUGGGGCCGAUUCUCCGCGGCCGCGUCGAAGCGCCACCAAUCCGCGCUGCAGUCGCGAUACGCCGACGCGUCUCGGGAUCCCAGUCUUCGCGGCUUGAGAGAUCUGUAUCUUGGAUUCGAGGAGUUAGACGGAGGCGAGGAUGACACCCGCGCGGAGUUUCCCUGCCCCUUCUGCUCUGAGGACUUCGAUAUUGUCGGGCUCUGCUGCCACAUCGAUGAUGAGCACCCCGUGGAGGCUAAGAAUGGGGUAUGUCCUGUUUGUGCAGCUCGUGUUGGGCUUGACUUGGUUGGACACUUAACAACGCAGCAUGGAAGCUUCUUCAAGAUGCAACGUAGGAGGAAAUACCGCAGAGGAUCAGCUGCAUCCCAUACCAUGCUUUCUUUGUUGAGGAAAGACCUGAGAGAAGGCAAUCUGCAUGCUCUUUUAGGGGGAUCUUCCUACAUGGCUCCUCCACCUGCUGUGGCACCUGAUCCAUUUAUAUCAUCACUAAUUUACACGUUGCCUUUGGAUGAGCCAUCAAAAGAUGCACAACCAGAAUCUUUUGAUGAAGGAAGCCUUGUCAGCAAGAGUUCAGAUAAAGAAGUGGUUGAAAGGGUCGAACCGUCUCUAUCUGACAAGGAUCAGAAAGAGAGAGCUCGAAGGAGUGAAUUUGUCCAGGGGCUUGUUCUGUCCACCAUCUUCGAUGACAUAGUAUGAGGCAUGAUUUUUUUCUGUCAGGCGGCAGCACGAAUGUUUAAAGAACACCGACGAUGACGACGAGCGUGCUCAGGCGGCAGCACCAUUCUUGCUGUUUCUUGUGGGCCUGGUAUCUAUGGCGGGGUUUUAAAAAUAAAACCUGUACGUUUAAAUUGUUAUCAUUGGGAGAGAGAGGAGCAUAAAGUGUAUUAUGUUCUUAACGUUAGUAUUAUAUCUGCAUAGACAGAUUUUACGAUAUGGAGUGAUUAUUUAGAUAAAAUAUUUUUCAGAGUGAUUGUUCACUCACACUAUGGAGCCUAUUCAUAGUGGAAGACUACUUCAGCAUAUUUAUCUAAUUUCUUACUACUGCAUGUAGCUUGCUACUACUCUCGAUUCAAAGAAAUGUUUUUCUAAUGCCGGCA